AUGGGCGAGGCGACGGUGAGGGUGAAGCUGAACCUCCCGAACCUCCAGCGGUGGCGCAAGCAAGGCGAGGAAGUGGACGUGCGCAUGCUUAGUCUAGACUCAUGCGACACUCUCCAGUGCUGGCCUCAUAGCCUGACGAUGUGGGCCAACGGAGUCCAGGCCUUCCAGAUCGAAGCGCCGAAGGAAGGCCACAAACGGCGCGACGCACCCCGGAGGAUAUCGGCGUGUUUGAAGUCAGAUCUGAACGAGCUGAAAAUCUCCAUGCGGGAUGGGCUCACUCUCCAGAGGUUUUGCAUUGCCAUCGUCCGUGUGAAGCCUGUCCAUGUUCUGGAGAUGCGAAAGUCAGUUCGGCCUCUGAGCGAGGAAGGUGGCAAGAAGAUGGUCCAGGAUCUGCUGUGGAACUCGGCGCUUAUGGCCUCCUCGGAUGAGGUGACUGCAGAAGGAUCCAACAAGUGCCGGCUGAUCUGCCCGCUGACACACGAGCGGAUUCAUACGCCUGUUCGGGGAGAAAGGUGUGCCCACUUGCAGUGCUUUGACCUCAAGGCCUACAUCGAGAUCAACAAGAACAUGGCUGCUUUCAACAAGCGCUGGACAGCCUUGCACGGUCGACUCAUUGAGUCGUUUGGAUUGGGCUCUGACUAG